AUGGCUACAUUCACCUACGCAGACGACGAUCUGGUCCAGUGCCCUUACGACCCGAAACACAGGGUGAAGCGGACUCGGAUUGACAUCCACCGGUCAAAAUGCAAGAAAACGGUCGGCCAGCCAUGCCUCAGGCCUUGUUUGUUCAACGCCACCCAUCUCGUGCCAUCCAUGAAGAGCCUGUUUCUCCACCACCUUGAGACAUGGCUUGACCGGUCGUCGACAUUGCCGAUGAGAUGGGAGGAUGUGGACAGGCCCUAUGUGGUUCCAGUCGCCGGCGCUUCACGGCCGUUCCCCGAACCAGAAGAAAUGUGGGAAGCGGGGACCCCCGCAACGUACAAGCCACGAGAGCCCGUCAGUAACCGUUAG